UGGUGUCAAACCCCUAACCCGGAUGGAAAGAAUAUAAGUUUGUGGUCUUCACUUGAGAGAAACCCUCUUGAGGCGGCUAGGGUUCCUCGGCCCUUCUUUCGUCUUCUGCGCAGGUAGCAGCCAUGGGUAAGGAGAAGGCUCACAUCAACAUCGUGGUCAUUGGACAUGUCGACUCCGGCAAGUCCACUACCACGGGGCAUCUCAUCUACAAGCUGGGAGGAAUCGAUAAGCGAACGAUCGAGAGGUUCGAGAAGGAGGCGGCCGAGAUGAACAAGCGGUCGUUCAAGUACGCCUGGGUGCUGGACAAGCUCAAGGCUGAGCGCGAGCGUGGAAUCACUAUCGAUAUUGCGCUGUGGAAGUUCGAGACCAACAAGUACUACUGCACCGUCAUCGACGCUCCCGGUCACCGUGAUUUCAUCAAGAACAUGAUCACGGGAACUUCCCAGGCUGACUGCGCUGUUCUCAUCAUCGAUUCCACCACUGGAGGUUUCGAGGCUGGUAUCUCCAAAGAUGGUCAGACCCGUGAGCACGCUCUUCUCGCUUUUACUCUUGGAGUGAAGCAGAUGAUCUGCUGCUGUAACAAGAUGGACGCUACCACCCCCAAGUACUCCAAGGCGAGGUACGAAGAAAUCGUCAAGGAGGUGUCGUCCUACCUCAAGAAGGUCGGCUACAACCCUGACAAGAUCCCUUUCGUUCCCAUUUCCGGUUUCGAGGGUGACAACAUGAUCGAGAGGUCGACCAACCUCGAAUGGUACAAGGGCCCGACUCUUCUCGAGGCUUUGGACCAGGUGACCGAGCCCAAGAGGCCUUCGGACAAGCCCCUCCGCCUCCCACUCCAGGACGUUUACAAGAUCGGAGGAAUUGGAACCGUUCCCGUGGGACGAGUGGAGACCGGAGUCCUGAAGCCCGGUAUGGUGGUGACUUUCGGCCCAACCGGACUGACGACUGAGGUGAAGUCCGUGGAGAUGCACCACGAGUCCCUUGUGGAGGCACUCCCCGGUGACAACGUCGGGUUCAACGUGAAGAACGUCGCGGUGAAGGAUCUCAAGCGUGGUUUCGUGGCUUCUGACUCGAAGAACGACCCGGCCAAGGAGGCUGCCAGCUUCACUUCCCAGGUGAUCAUCAUGAACCACCCGGGACAGAUUGGAAACGGCUACACCCCGGUGCUCGACUGCCACACCUCUCACAUCGCCGUCAAGUUCGCCGAGAUCCUGACCAAGGUGGACAGGCGAUCCGGAAAGGAGCUGGAGAAGGAGCCCAAGUUCCUGAAGAACGGUGACGCUGGUUUCGUGAAGAUGCUGCCGACCAAGCCCAUGGUUGUGGAGACGUUCGCGGAGUAUCCUCCAUUGGGACGCUUUGCGGUGCGUGACAUGAGGCAGACGGUGGCAGUGGGAGUGAUCAAAGCCGUGGAGAAGAAGGAACCCACCGGUGCCAAGGUUACCAAGGCGGCGGCCAAGAAGAAAUGACUAGUUAUUUGGAGCUGGAGAGAUAAGUUUGUUGCUGUUGUGGUUUUGGAUUGCAGGAUGCAGUAUGCUCGUCGCCUUCAGUUCUGGGUUUUGGACAGAAGGUGGCGAGCUUAACUGUGAACUCUUUUUUUUACUAUAGUAAGAACUGUUUUAACUUUCAUUUAAUUGUGGCUUAAGAUAAAUUUAUUAACAUC